AUGCUGCGAACUAUCGUGUUGUGUGCGCUCGUCGCGUUUGUGAGGGGCCAGACUACUGUUGUCGAUAAAUGUAUUAUCAAUGAAGGCGACCUCCCAAUCCACCAGUAUGUGGAAGGCUGCACCACGCCACCGUGCCUCCUGCCCCAGCUACAGGACGUUGUUAUAAACGUUGUUUUCAGAGCUUCUCGCACUAUCAGAAGUAUGAGGACACUCGCGACUGCCAGCGUGAACUUCGGUGUCAACAUUGAUAUUCAAUACGAUCUAGGAGCCAAUGCAGUCACGUGCAACUUCCUAACGAACACUUACUGCCCCGUUAUAAAGGACGAAGUUAUUCAGUAUACAUUGAAAAUGUAUAUCGAGCCACUAUUCUUCGUGGGCACAUCCGCGACAGUUGAAUUCCGGGUUGUGGGCGAUAACAGCGAACCUCUUUGGUGCCUUCGAUUAGCGAUCAGGAUUGUAGACGCCAUCGAACAGUCCUAUGAAAAGAGAAUGAACACAACACAAACGCUUACCUUAAACUGAAUUCUGUAAAUAAAAACUAAUAUUUGUUUUGU